AUGCCCGGCUCUCCACUAGUUCGCGCCGCUCCACGUUUAAGCGCUCAUUACGCACAAGCAACAAGGUCGUCCGCCACACCGGAUCCCAGCGCUUUUGACCACGACCAGCAAUCGGUGGUGUCUACGCCGAACGAGGCGCUUCUCACACCGCCAAUACCCAGCACGACGCCUCGAAAGCGUUUCGUCCGCAAACGGCCGCUCCUCGAACGUAUUCAGCAGUGGCCGGCGGAUGCAUACUACCGUCUAACGUCGAGCGUGCUCGACCUCGAAGAGCAGCUCUUUGCCGACCAGGCAGGCAAUGUCUUGGGGGUCAUGUUGCAUGCGGUCGCAUUGCUCGCGCUCCUACUAUCGCCCGAAUCGAGCUUGGGAUCGUGGUUCAUGAACAAGCCAGCCUACCGACGAGCACAGAACCCAGCCAUCGCAUACGAAUACCUCGUCAGUCAUACAGGUGACGAGUACGCCAUGGCAGACGCGCUCAAACGUCAUGCUCGCAAGAGCGCCGUCUACCACGCAUCCGACCGCUUCUUUCGAUUCGCAUCCACCUCCCUUUUCUUCAUCGCCUUCGUCACCAGUUGCGCCAACGCGUACAUCUUCUUCACGAAACGCAGAAUGUACAAGUUCUACUCCCAGCCGAAGCCAAAUGAACCGCAGAGUUCCAGCAUACACUCGAAACACGGCAUCCGUCAGCUUUCGAUGUGGGAUCCGAGCGCCUACACGGCGAACCUCUUCGCCACAUUCUCCCCAGCGCAUGCUGUGAUCUACCCGGCCUCCGCACUCAUUCGUAUGGGUGCUUUCGGCUGGUUCGUCUUUGCCUUUCUGCUCGUGGCGGUAUCAGCACCCGUGCAUCUGAUCUUGCAUCAGUACGCACAGCUCGUCAAGGACAAAGGUGUCGUUCAAGCAGCUGUGCUCACAGAGUACAACGAGAAAUACGUAUAUCCGCGCGCUACUCCUGUUGUUCGGGAUCAGACCACACAAACAGACCUCUAG